GUGCGGAAAGUCUAAAUUAUAAUUAACAAUGAAUCAUCAACGAACAUUGUUUUACUUGGCAUUUUUUUAUUCAGUGUUCUUAAAUCUUAAUUAUGCAAAACAAAUAGAAAUUGCAAAAACUGUGGAUAAUUUUGAUUUGAAAAUAAUUUAUCCUCAAAUCUUAAUUAUCACUGAUCGUAAAUUUCGUUCAAUUUUUACAAAUGAGUCAGAAGUAUCAACAUAUAUUGUUUCAUAUUGGAAAACGGUCAAUAAAGUUUUUAGUAAAUUAACCAAUCCUCAAGUGAUAUUACAAAUCAGUGGCAUUGUCCAAUUGGAUGAUUUAGCAAAUCAUAAUAUUUUUACGACAAAAGAUAGAAAAAAUUUGCUUGAAUAUUUGAAUCCUCACAAUUUAGAAUUCGAUGUAGCGGUACUAAUGUCAGGUUGGAAUACUUCAUUAUCAGGUCCUUUAGGUUAUUCUAUUGAAAGCUCUGCUUGUAAUUUUCCAAAUAAUUUCGCUGUUGUAAAUGAUGAUGGUCAGUAUCGAACAAUAUUUUCCGCAGCUCAUGAAUUGGCUCAUACAUUUUCUGCACAACAUGACGAUAGUUCUAGUGAAUGUUAUGCUGAUGAAAAAAACAUUAUGUCCGUUUUCUUUUAUGAAAGUGAUUUAAAAGAAUUUUCAAUUUGCAGUCAACAAAAAAUGCAACAGUUUUUCAAUUCGAAGAAUGCUUUGUGUCUUUUGAAUAAAUCUUUUUCUGAAGAAAACCAUUUAAAAAAAUAAAGAAUAAUAAUUGUUAAAAGAAAUAACUUAAUGGAUCUAUAAAUAUUGAAAUAAUUAAACUGAUGAUUUGUCUAGUAA